AUGGCCACCUCCGCCCUCGCCACGCUCUCGGCCACCGCCGCCGCCGCCGCCGGGAUCAAGCGCGCCCUGCUCUCGCGCCCCUCCUCCACCCUCUCCUUCGCCACCGGCCGCCUCGCCUCCGCGGCCCCCCUCCGCGCGGCCCCGCUCCGCAACGCGCCGGCGCGGGCCGCCUCGUCCACCGCGUCUCCCACCGCCGCGGCGCCCAUCGCGGUCGGCGACCGGCUCCCGGACGCGACGCUCUCCUACUUCGACGCCCCCGACGGCGAGCUGCAGACGGUGACGGUCCGCGAGCUGACCGCGGGCAAGAAGGUGGUCCUCUUCGCGGUCCCGGGCGCCUUCACGCCCACCUGCACCCAGAAGCACCUCCCGGGGUUCGUCGCCAGGGCCGCGGAGCUCCGCGCCAGGGGCGUCCACGCCGUCGCCUGCGUCUCCGUCAACGACGCCUUCGUCAUGCGCGCCUGGAAGGACAGCCUCGGCGUCGGGGACGAGGUCCUGCUGCUCUCGGACGGCAACGGGGAGCUCACCCGCGCCAUGGGCGUCGAGCUGGACCUCUCCGACAAGCCGGUGGGGCUCGGCGUGCGGUCCCGGCGCUACGCGCUCCUGGCCGACGACGGCGUCGUCAAGGUGCUCAACCUCGAGGAAGGCGGCUCCUUCACCAACAGCAGCGCCGAGGACAUGCUCAAGGCGCUCUGAACCAUGGAUCGCGCGCGAUCCCCUCCGGUCGCCAUGGUUCGUUCUCUGUUUCCUAAAGCGUUUUUUCUUCUUCGGAAUAAUAAUAAUCGGUGCGGCAACGGCGGCUUGUGCUGCUGCUGUCACCUUGAUUUCGUGGCGAGUACUCAGUAGUGCAGCGUGUUACUAGCUUUGGGUUGUGUUGUCUUUUUUGAUGUGAA